AUGGCGACUGCUCUGGAGAAGUGUACGACGUCGCUGUCGGAAAUCCACAGAUUGCUGCGAGGUUAGUUCCGUUUACUUUGUACAGCUUUGUUUGUUUCGAUACAUCCGUACACCUGGAAACAUGAGGCGGCAAACGUGGCGGUCCUCCGGGUCAUCUGUCGCUUCGAAGCGGUCAUCCGUCUUCGUUUUCCGCGUCUCUGCUCCCUCUCCCUCCGCACCUGGAUACUAAUAACAAACAACUUGUGCCGGGGCUCCGUCCCAACGUCCCCAUUCCACUUUCCCAUGCAUGGGAAUCCCUAAAGUUUCUGUUUCCUUUCGCUCCUUCAUCCCGAUUCCAAACAAUUUUCGGUCAAACUUCGUCCCAUUUUGUUUUCUUCUGACUCCCCUUUCCAUUUGGAGCUCUUGUUUAUGACUUUGCUCUCGUAAUCGGAAAAGGCAAAGGCGUGUGGCCCUCCAUACCCUUUCUGAGUGACUCAUGAUCUUCCCUAGUCAUCCUUUAUCAAUUUUUAAUUGCGUUUCGUGCCAAUCGCAUGUUUCACUCGCACCGCAUUCAUUCCGAAUUCUUGCUCCCGAGAUUUUUCGCUCAUUCCUCGGUCUCGUUCUCAACCCUUGUUCUUUCUCGAAAACGCAACUAUUCCUGCUCCACCACGUUUCCAAGAGCGUAAUUGUAUACAAAUUCGAAUCUUAUUCUCCUAAAUGAUGUAGGAAUAUGUGUGAAUACGAUCAGAAUGAGAUAUUAUUGAUAGAACGAAGUAUUCCGGGGGAAAGAAUGGGAAGAAUGGGAGCGGAGGAGUCGUCGACUUAUUGGAUUUCGAGUCAGAGUCCAGCGUCCCACGGCCUGAAUAUCCAAUGCACGGACGUGUUCUCGACUGCUUUCUCCUUCCGCUUCCCCCGUUAUUUGCCGUUUCUCAUUAGUUUUUCCGUGUUUUUUUCGGCCACGAGUCACCACUCUUUUCGGUUUUAAAUUAGCUCGUUUCACAUGAAACAAAUGGCCUUUCACUUCGAGUUUCCUCCUUUGUUCUUUUCAGUUUUUUGCUCAACUCAACGACCAACUCUUUUCACAUAUUUUGGUGAUGGACAAGUAAAGAGUGUCCGGAAGUUAUGAAACACUCUGAGAGCACAGAACUGUGGAGUCGGAAGAGUUCGGUCUGAAAUUUCAGCCGUGGCAGACGCGUCGGACCGUGUAAUAACGGGAGAGAGCAUCUGGCUCGCCGCCUCCUUUUUUUCCAUCCGCUGACAAAUCUCACUCAUUUUUCAGCAACAUUCUUUCGGGUGUGUAACCAAAUAUUCAUCAUCGUCCGAUAUUCUUAUUCUUAUUGGUUUCACAUUACAUUCCUAUCCGAAGACACCAAAUAUUCAUAAGAAUAUUAAUAGCAGCAGGUGAAUAACACUCUGUCCAAUAACGGAUAUUCCGGUGUGUUUCCUGCGGUAUCACUCCCGUUAUCACGCUGAUCGGCCACUCGAACCGCCCUGUCCAUUCAUGUGUUCGCGCUUUUCCUCUCCUUUUCUUUUGUUUGCUCACGGUCUGUACGAGGACGGAUGAGGACGCUUUUGAGCAUUGGAUUCAUUUUGGACCCUUUAUUUCUGGCCUCAUCUGCUUCUCCGAACAAGCAUGAUAUCAUUGGUUUCUCUCUAUGAAUAGGUGAUGAUUUGGAUGACUACUCCUCCCUUCUUCUUCUAUUUUUGGCCGUCAGAUGACUGUGAUAACCGAAGGGAGAUCAGUCGUGUUUUUCAGAAGCACUCUCACUCAAUUACGAGCCCCUAUUCUACUCCAUAAGUAGCCAGAUUAGUAACAGCUCAUUGCUCAUCCACCAGUUUCCCCUUUUCUCCGUUCUUUUCCAAUAAGUUAUUCACUUCGUCACUUCGUCGUAUAUUGACGCUUCCUUCCGUUCGUCUUUCUAAAUAAUUCCAGUGUUUCCGUUCCAUUGCACUCUUCUAGUCCGUUGAGCACAUUCCCCCUCUGAUCUCUCUCCGAAUCACCUCGGGAUCGCUUUCGGCAGCCCUCCUCCUACCUCCGAAAACCAGUUGAAACGGAGCCCUUCCUGCUCUGCUUACAAGUGUCAACUCGUUUCGUCUCAAGUGUCUCGAGUGCUAUAUCCCCCUAAAUCAUCAAUUUCAAAAGUCUUCUUGUUGCCAGGCGAUGGCUCUGAACCCUAAUAUGUGAUCUUUCCAGAAUCUUCCACCUCUUCCUACGGCACCAUGAGCACCACUUCCUCCGUCGAAUCGUCGCCGAUCGAACAAGCGACUUCGAGAUCCGCGCGGCGUAAAUGGCAUUCAGCGAUGCGUUUCAUUCAAGGCGUUCAUCGUUUCAAGACUCCACAAGCCUCUCACAAGGUGAGUCCGAGAUUACGGAAGGCGUUAUUGCGGGGGCGGCUCAAGUAGAUCAGUGUCCUUUCUGUGAUCUCCCGACCACAUCUCAAAGCAGUCAUAAAGUUGGAAAACUGCCAACAAUAAAAUGCUAAAGUCUGUCACUUCGGUCUUAAAGGAAAAGCCGCCGACUGGUAUCAAAAGAAGAGAAUGAUGAACAGAACAAUUCAUAGGCGACGUAGGUUUUGCCUGCUCGCAUAAUCCGGUUGGCAUUGUGUUCCCCAAGAUUAAUUUGGCGACUAAUGUUCGCAGAAAAAUAAAGAAAAGCAAAGUGGAUGACAUAGGUGUCGCAGGAGGCUUUUUCAAGACGGAGAACUGCAUUUCUGAGUUGGAAUCGGCAGAAAAUCAACGUUUGAUUGACAUUCUGCGGGCUUGACUCAGGUGGGAGCACUUGCAAGGAACGAGGACGUAGAAUUCAAUUCUGAAGCGGAAGAUAAAUGAAUUCUGGAAGAUGAUGUCACGUGCGAGUGAAUUGACAGCUAAGAGAUGGAUUGUGACCCAUUUGUGUCCUCGCUGUUAUUAUACAGACUGUCCUUUAUCGCUAAUGAAAUUGAAGCCUCUUGUUGACGGAGAGACUCAAUCGCCUUUUGCGAAGACGUCGUCCAAUUCUUCCAAAAAGUAAUAUCGUCAAUAGUCACCGUGAGAAUACGGGGGCCCUCUUUUCUGUUUCAUCAGUCCACUGGCGAAACAAAAACUCGUACACGCAGCCGUCGUCGUCGUCUUCUUCUUCUUCUCCUUCCUCUUCUUCUUCUUGGCCGGCUGCUCGCCGCGAAGCCACACCCUUGCAACGGGAGCACGCCUCACUCACGAUGUGCUCGCGCCGCGGACGCCGACUCAGUCUUCCCCAAACGCCCAUGGCCACUCCGUCGAAUCCGGUGACUGCCGGGGCGAUGAACGGACACCCCUUCGCGUCGUCGCGUCCUCACUAUGAACGACGCCAACUUCCGAUGCAACAGCCCCUCCGGCACAACCAUUCGAUGGGCUCUCUGAUGGCUGUUCGUGAGCUCCCCCCUCUGCCGAACUACCAUAACCCACACGCCCGUCUCUCCCAGCCGGACAUCCACUCAGCCAUAUACCGUCCUCAUCACUACUAUUCUCCUCCGGUCUCCUACGGCGGCGCAAUUAAUUAUCCGUAUCAGUACCAGUACCAGUCGGGAGCUCUUCCUUCUUCGCAACAUUCCAGUCCGGUUUACACGCGGAGAAUGUUGCCGACUCCCAAAAACAGCGGGGGAAUCGCGCGAAAACUACUAAAAAGAUGUACGAAUCCUGAUCUGAUGAGGUUGCAGAGAACUACUGAAAUACGAGAGCAAUCGGUCGGACGAACGAGUUGUGGUGAGUCCGAUUUCGUUUUUUUUUUCAACUAACACGGCAAUAGAUAUGAAUCGUGUCGAAUCGAAUUCUGAAAAGCUAAUGUGAAAUGUGAAAUGCGAAAAGUGAAAAGUGCAAUCCUUCUCGGGAAUACUCUUGCUUUCUGCGAGUGCGGUGAUCUGGAAAAUCGAGAAGUGAAAAGAAAAUUAGAUGUGUGAGAGAGGCUCUUUUAUAGGAAAACUUGAAUCAGAAAUCGAAGGUUUUCAACCAGAAAUGACACGAUAAUUGCAUUGAAUUUUGGGAUCCGGUGACAGAAAUAACAAAGCAAACACCCCUCCCGAUCGUCCAUUCCCCCUCGCUUCCCGUGAUCAGCUCCUCUCCGAUCGCUGGUCCAUUCCAUACCCUCGGGCUCUUUUUCCGUACGAAGAAGCUUGAUAAGGCGGUUGGGCGAACCCGUGUAACUCAAUCUUUCGUCCUGCUCAGCGUCUCUUCAUCUCCAUCUUCCUUCCUUCCUUUCUCGAAAAAACCGGCAGAGGCCAAUGUUUGUGUCGCCCCGUCGAGGCAAAAAUUGUUUCCUGCGUGCCCUCAUCGGCCAAUCGAAUAAGAAGAAUAAUUAACUGGGUGCGCCGGUUCGCCUCCUGAAUAAGCAUUGACUUGCAUGCGAGCGGGCACGUGGCUCAGCGAGAGCAUAAGUGCAAUGCGAGCAAGGAACAUUGGAUAGGGAGAGUGAUCGUAGUAUCGGAUUGUGCAUAUGCAAUGUGCUCCAUCUCAUUCCUCACCCAUUCAAUAGCCGUUCUUCUCAUUUCCCAAUAUUCAAACCUUGUUUUCAAAAAAUGAGAUCUUUGGGAAGACGAGAACGGAAGCAAAACAAGUCUGAAUUGGGCGAGAAAGUUAGUUGAACCCAGUGAAAAAAUAAGGAAAUCAGGCUCGAAAACAGAUGGUUUGAGACGCGAUGUGACACAAAUUAAUGAGCGGAACAAAGAUGAAUUGCGGGCGGCCGGCAAGACAACAAAUAUCUCUCCUUCUCCGGAGGCGCCUUCUGUUUUGCGCUCUCGACCGUUUCAUUUCCCGACGGGCGCCAAUUUCCUGCUGUCGCUCCCAAUUAUACGACGUUGACGACGUCGACAAUAACAUCUGACGACAGCGUCUAAUCUGCCCUUUAUCGGCAUGAUUAUAUCCAAUUCUUUCGCAUAUUUGUUCGCCAUCUCUCCUGCUCUUCGAUUCUUCUUUUUUUUGUGAGACAUUGAUCGGUGCACAGGAUGAGUAGAAACGUGCUUUUGAGGAAUCAGAAGAAGAAAAUGGAAUCGACAGAAGAGGGAGGGAGAGCCGGAACGCCGAGAGUUUUCAGUGAGCGAACGUGCACUUUUCACUUUUCAGAAACCUUUCAAACUUCAGAAAACGAUCAAGUAGGAUUGUUCAGUUAGAGUUUAACAAUCAUGACUUUGAAGGGAACUUUCAGUUGGAAACUACUGUAACAAACAAAAAACAAUAUACUUGUUGCUACAAUAGUUUAGAGAAAUCAAAAACAGUUCCAAUGCCACCUAGUGAUGGUUCCAUAUUGUCUGUCUUUCAGAAUCCGCAAUCGUCGAUCCCGUUUAUCUGGCUCUGAAGCAAGCGACCGGCCGUUACUCCCGUCGUGGCUCCACGAACUUCGAAUCUGCGUCGCCGAGUCCUCGCAAUCUCUCGCAAGUGUCUCUUCAGGUAUAUUAAUAUCCAUACGAGCAAUUAGACACAGCUACCCAGAGAAUACCGCCCGUAUUGUUUACAGGACUCUGGCUACGCCGAGAUGGGCUCCUCGAAGGCAAAUCCGUUGCUCGGCUCCACUCCGCAGCUCGACAACGCCGGUGAGUCAAGGCUGUUUCACCUGUCGCCGCGCCGGAAUCGCUUAUAAUACAUUGAAUUUUCGCGGACGGAAGAGGCUCCAAUUUGAGAGCCAUUUCAGUUUCUAUUACUCUUCCAGGUCUCCUUCGGUUCAAUAAAAGUGAACACGGAAAGGGAAGCACUUAGGCUGCGCUCCUCCUUUCCUUCUUCUCCGCCGAGUUGUUCUUCCUUCGCCCUCCAAUUUCGCAGUUUUGCGUGGGGGAGUAGUCGGUUGCAUAAGCUUGCUUUUCUUUCGAAAUCACCUGAAAUCCAGUCACGGAAACGCCUUCUUUCGACACAAGACACGACUGUUUUGUAGUAGAAUCGAAUGAAAUGAAAUGGCGAAUGAAAAACAGGCAAUGUAUCCUAUCGCUUCUAGAAGACGUGCCUCUUCUGAUUCUCCCAUUUCGACGUUUCUGCUUCCUAACGCGGCUUGUAGGCUCAGCAGUCUGGGUGGUCUUUCUAACUGUAAAUAGAAACGUUCUUGUAUGACGUGGCAUUUUGGAUCCAAGGUUCAAGCUUCCUUAGUUGUUUUCAUAAAUAAACCUCUUUUCUAUUCCUCAGCCCUUCCUGUUGUCUUUUUUUUCCUUUUCCACCGGUCAGAUUAGCUGACUCAUAGUCCACCCUCGCCCCCUUUCAUGCUCCGUGCGGUCUUUCGCUGCGCCUGCUCUGCUGCUGUCAAAAAAGUUCAAACAACAGUUUCGAAAUCUGCGGGCGACUUAUGUAGGGUCAGUGUUGCCAAGGAGCCGGAGCACCGCACCUGCUCCUCGGACCCACUUUCAUUCAUUCUUUUGCUGCGCUCGCACAAUGUGCAUCUCUGCCUAUUUCAUGCUCAGAGAACUCCGAGGUAGGUGGGAGCGGAGGCGAGGGCGGUUGGCAGGAGAAAGUAGAAGAAGAAGAAGAAGAAGAAGGCACACACUUCCUCAUGAUGUCCAUUAAUUGCAAAACUCUCUGUCGUUUCUGUGCAAAACACAUUAUUCCGUCGCCAAUUCGGACGACGACAGAAGGACUCCUCUGACGUUCUUCUCAUUGCUUUUUGGUCAUUUUAUUCUUUCUUUUUGCUGGUCUAUUCCUUUCGAAAACUUGAUCAAAUCGCUUACCAACCGACAUUUACCCUAAAAUAAUAAUAAUCGGAUAAUCAGAUCAAGCUCACUUAGUGAUAUCAUUCCGAUAAGCACCUGAGAGACCCAGUUUUCGAGCUGCAUUUGCAUUGAAUUCCGGCCGAAACGGAAGUGUUUUCCUGCUUCUUUGGCUCUCGAACCCCAGCGGUUCAAAAGUUUCCAUGUCAACAUAAGCCUUUUUUUCUAAUGAGAAUCCCGGAUAACCGGAUUAUCACGCCCUUAUCACUUGUUGCGAUAAAACUCUGAUCUCGGAAGCGGGAGCUCUUUAAGGGGCGGCGCCUUCUUCGCUGCUCUUCGUAUGUCUUCUUACCCCGUAAUCCGUCGGCCGUCUCUUCGAGGCUCAUCCUUUCCGGAUAUCGGCGCGUCUUCGGAGGAGAAGAUGCACAGAACCGCGAUCCAAGUGCUCGCAGUGCGCAAAUUAUUAGCCAUGCUUUCUGCUAGAAGAUCUCUCCGAAUGUGUAAGUUUCUUCAGUAAAAUUUGACUGUUAUCUGCGAAAUUGUCAUUUCACGCUCUCAGACGCAUUUAGUUGUUUAUUCGAUCAGUCUUGUUGACAUUUCCGAAUCACCUGUUUACGGGUCCAGGUGCUAUUGAAUCGAAUGAAAAAUGGAUGUUAUUCAUUCCUCUUUCCAGCAAUCAGUUUCACCCGCCGAGUCUUAUUCUCCGUUCAUAACUCUUUCGUUUUCAGGUCGUUCGGUCGGCCGCCGACGUGCUCCCAAACUGACUCAACAAAUGAAGUCUCUGUCUUUGGACUGCCAGGAUAUGCCCCCGCGCAUCAACCCGAACACCAGAAGUCCUUUGAGUGAGUUAUCUGCUCGUUCUCCUCCGUCUAGUUCAAAGCAGUUGCAGGAACAAAACUGGCACCACGCGACUAUCGAAAACCCGGAAUCAACGGAUCCUCCGACUUCUCCGACAUCGAGAGAUCGUGCUCUCCUGUUGUCAAGAGCCGCAGAAGCAGCUCUUCAGCCCGUGAGUGCAUCCCUAUUCCACCGUUCUUUGUAUUUCUCCAUCGUUCAGUGCAUUCGGGAGGUUACAUUGUGAUCCACGAGUACACUCCGUCUCACGGAGCCACGCUGACUCUCGGCGAGAAAGUUCAUGUGGUAGACAACGGGGAUCCUGAUUGGCUCCACGGAUUCCGUUACAAUGACAGGUACAUCCGUUUCCGAUUGAUUCCUUUUAAUGUGCUUGCUCAGGACGGAGCACAUGAUCACUUUUCCCGCCACUUGCGUGGCUCAGAUGUUGGCCGGUGAGCAAGCGAUGCGAAUUCAGCAGAAUGUUUUCGUUGCCGAGCAGAAAUUGCGAAUGUACAGGGAUCAGGUGAGAAAACUGGCGUCAUUCGGGCACGAAAUCUCUCAAAUCUUCGCUGCUCCUCUUUCUUUCUUCUAAUCAACAGUUUAUCCUAGCUGGCGAGUCGCCAUUCGCGCCCACUAAUCCCCACCUUUGGAUUAUGGGGAUUACUGUAGGUCAUCCCGGCGCAAACAUGGUUCAUUCGUUCGAAAAUGAUCUGAAAAAACAAACAUCAAUCCUAUACUUAUUACAGAUUGUGUUCGUUCAGCCGGACAGUUUGGAAGAAGGAAAAGUGAGGGUGCGAACGGAGCACAACGCCCUUGCUCCGUGCCCGCUGGCUAUGCUGGCUAUGCUUUGA